AACUCUGCACGGAUUAUCCGCAUGUCCGUUUUCGGCGUGGAUGAGAAUAACAAGAUCAGAGAUAAGUUUUUGUUCCCUCAAAACAACCUGUGUAUCACAAGCAUUGAUGUUCAGUCUGUGGAACCGGUGGAUCAGCGCACACGAGAUUCGCUCCAGAAAUCCGUUCAAUUGGCAAUCGAGAUAACCACUAAUUCACAAGAGGCUGCUGCC